AUGUGUAUCAAGAACAUCUUCUACAACGUUUAUGCCGAUGGUGAGGAGGACGUCACUGAGAGGGUUGACAAAUGCCGGCCUGGGUCCGACCACAUCUGCGCCGAUACCACCGUUCGCGAGUAUGACCGCAGGUUUCACUGCUCCAAGCAACAGUUAUCAGCUUCCCCUGGAGCCAAAACGCCGCUGGAAGUCACUGUCAGCAUCAAAAACAAGCCACUGGGUUCCCAGCGUGUUCCAAUACCGAUACCGAAGGCACCCAGGGCCGAUUCUCGGACCUCAGUCGCUAUCCCCAUCCAUUCGACGCCCGAGAAUUACAUUUUUCACUCAUACUCCGCCGGCCAGGCUGACAGAGGACCGCCUGAGACGACAAUGGAAACUCCCGCUAUGCCGGGGGCCCGCAGUCAGGAUGCUCCUCAUGCCCGAGUCCCCGGACCGCCGUCUCAGCCUGGCAUAUCCAGCGAGGGAUCGAACAAAAGUGAGAUGCUCGGGCAGGCAGAGCAGGUCUUUGAUGACAAUAUGCUCGAUUAUAGUAAUCUACUACAACAUGACGAUGAAUUGGUCAGGCGGAUCAAACAGCGAGAGGCCAAACUUAAGGACUAUCGUGGCAAGCAGACUAUGGCACCAGCUGUCACAUUGCGACAAGCUCUUGGAGAGACAGAGAUAGAGCAGGAAGCAAGACAACAAGACAAGCCCCACGGAGGGAAGGAAAGAGGAGAAGGGUUCCUAUGGGUCUUUCACGAAGAAUCCAGCAAUAGAAUGGGUGCAAUGCAAGAGGUGAUAAGAAAAAACGAUAGAUUGGUAAGGAUGGCGAAUUCUGUGUUUGAAAGCCCGGUCAGCACCCUUCAGCGUCUGUCUGACGGCCAGGUAGGCGGUAUAUCUGAUGCAGGGCUGAAGCAAUCGACGGCCUCACCAUUCAACAAUAAGCUUGCUAUCAAGACUGAUGAGAUACCAGUGGAGUUCGAGUCGGAGGUCCAUUCUGGUUACAGGUUACGUCCACAUGACACCAAAAUUAUUGCCCCGCCCAAUUCACCCACAACUCUCGAACCAAACAUUGAGCCUCGCUCAGGCGUGAGCGUAGUCGGUAUAUCCGAGGCUGAUGAUACAAGCUCCAUCCAAUCGUACAAGGACUCCAUAUUUGACGAUCUCGAGUCUGUUAUGAGCUCUGCCUCGUCCCUUGGUGAUAAUGCACACGCGGUAUUUGUCAGUGCAUUCGUGGACCUAUUGAUCCGCGACCCCACUGUGGACAGGAUGAUCUCCAGGGCAACUUCGGACGAAGGGAUUGGAGUUGAGCGUUUCCGGAGGUCAUUCAGCAGGAUAUUAAAAGCAUAUUCUCGAGAUCUGCGAGACGCUAUAGCCCAGAAUGAACAGCAGAAGGAGCAUGAUCACCAGCACGUGGUUGCAUUCAUAUCACGAAAGGCAUUGCAAGCCUCAAGCCUCGUUGCUGCACGCUACGAAGAACGUGCACCAAGGCCUGACAAAAGCGUGGUGGGCAGGGUCGAACGGUACCUAGAAGGCCUUGAAUCGGACAACAGCGACUCAUCAGAUGAGGAAGAAGCCGUCACGGAGCCCGCAGUCUCCGGGCUGGAGAAUUUCCUCCUGCAGGGAAAGCCAUUCAGAGCUCUGAAAUGGCAUCUGCGAAGCCUCAUAAUUUCGAACCAGCGAGUUGCACAGGUCAAGGAAUCUGCUGAGAAUCUCCUUGGUUUCCUGUUCUGCAGCCUUCGCCUCGAGGAUGCUUUCGCGGAGGCUCACAGGCGUGUACCUGAUUUCAGCACUUGGCUUCGCCUGAAAAUCGAUGAUUUAGCUGCAAGUCUGGAGACCGAGCUCAAGGCAGAGUCUCCCAUGACUGAGUAUUUGAACAUCUACUCAGACUAUCUCUCGGUCCAGGCAGUCCAGCGGCUCAUUCAAACACCUAAUGUCUCUGGCACUCAGAACCCGGAGCCGUCUUAUCGCCAAGCACCGGGCAAGAUGUACACUGCUGAGAUCGAACCACCUGAAGAGAUCCUCGAGGAUAUCAUAGCAACAAGGCUACCAGACGUCUUUGGCGGAGAAUUCUUUGAGCCAAACGCUUGGGCUGGGCUAUCGUCCACCAAAUCGUUCCGUGAGUUCGCAUCAGAACUUUCAGAUGCUGCUUAUCCGACAUUCUUCUCCGAGAGCCGCAAAGCCCUGAAGGCGGAGCUCGACUCCGAAUAUCGCGGACUUUCGGAUCAGUCUGAGGAGAGAUACCUAUUGUCAAUGUUGAUGGAGUUGGAGUGCUCGGCACGGCAGGACCGAGAAAUCUCUCUCUCGAUCCAGACCUCCGACAGCGUGCUGUGGCCUGAUCGACUGAAGCUGUUCAUUGAGAAAAGCAGUGGAUCGGAAUGGAAUUGGUGGCCAUUAUCCCCGCCACCAAGGGCCGAAUUACCUGCUCAUGUCAAGCUUGAGCCACACGCCUUGCAACAGCGCUUGUUAAAGGAAGCGAUGUUGCUCCUACCUACUUGGUUGAUCCUGUCACUUAUGUUUCUACCAUUCAUGCUAUUCGAUGAUAUCAUGACUCUAGAGCUAUUCGAUAAUAUCUUGACUCAAGAGGAUAUUUUAAUUCAGACCAGGGGGUCUUUGCGUCGGCAGAUUGCCAUUCCCCCGGUUGCAUUUUAUAUCUGUCUCUCGCCUAUUUACUUCAUUGUUGUAGUGCACAUGGUGUCGUACGCCACAAGAUUCACUAGGCAAUAUAUGCUCCCUCGAGCAUGCUCAAGGUCCAUUCGGAGCCUUGACGAGGAUGCAGACUGUGCAAAAGUCAUUUCGUGGCUAUGCAAAUGUGGCUGCACUCGUCAGGAGCUAGUGUCACCCAAAUUUGCCAACCUCUUCCAGCGGCUCGCCAGUGAGUAUCCCAUGGCACACUGCAACAGCGAUCCAAUCCAGCCAAUCGGGCUUUAUGCUCCACGGUCGCUAUGUACAAAUCCCUCGGGUAGCUCCUCUUCGUCUACAGACACACCGAGCGUAAUCGGCUCAGAUUCAACUGGUGGUGGCAGCAGCAGAGCCUCUGUCUCCACCGCACCUAGCAGUACCGGCUCCACCACCAUCACAGUAGACUUUGACAGGCAGACAUUCGUCCAUCUGCUGGUACGCAAAGGAGACCAAUAUGUACUAUCCCCAAUGAAGGUCACCGAAGGGGACGCCAGAGGCUUCUUCCAAGACCUUAUCGUCCGCUAUCAGCGGCAGCGAGGUUUCCUUCGUCAAUUUCUCUCCAUUUUUGUGUACAGUCAUUGUGACUUUGUGAAGGUUAAACACCAUCGCGCAUAUCGUUUCUCUCCAAUCCCGGGGUUCUCAUUCCCCGAGCGAGGCAAAGAUGUCGAAUUCCACGAAUAUUCCUACAGUCCGCAACCCAUGAUACAAGCCCCUAUCACUAAGCACAUGUUCAACGACUACUUCUACUCUUGCUAUAACAACAAUAACAUAAGGCACUCCGUCCUCCACAAGUUCCUCUCAUCAUGCGAUGUCAUUGAAACACUCCCGCAGGACCUGUUGGAGAGCAUGCCGAAACGUGACCGGGAGGUUAUGGUGGGUGCGCAAUUCGGCAGGGUGGAACACUUCUGGGGGAUCGUGGCGCGGGAGCAACGCUCGGCGUUGAGAGUCGUGUUGUACAUGCUCCUGAGCCUCAUGCCUACGGUCUGGUUCAUGUUCAUGUGGAUGUUCUCCUGGGGUCACGAGGGAGAUCUGCAAAAUGCUACCGUUCCGGUGACUAUCAGCCUUGCCACUCUCAGCAUGAUUUGGAUUGUGGUAUAUUCUGGCGGAGAAUCAGGAAACGAAUAA